AUGUCGGAUUCAGAUUCUUCCCGUUCGUCGGCGGAGGAGCAGCGACACCGUCUGCAUAUCGCUCUUCUCGGCCUCGUCAGAAGACCACCCACCAAGCUCAGACCUCAAACAUACGCUCAGAUCAGCCCGUUGCUAGACAAUGUGCACUUCAAGUCAAUGUUUGGCUUCACAAUCAGCGAGUUUGAAUCGAUUCAUUUGGCUCUCAGGUUACCGGAUCCCGUGCGCGCAAGUAAUAACAAUGUUGUAGACAGCAAGACUGGGUUGUUGAUGCUCCUUGCAUGGCUGCGUGGCGCACUCCUACGUACAUUGGAAGGUCAGUUUGGAUGGGGUACUGCCCGUACAAGCAUGAUAGUCAGCUACAUUUGUGAUCGCGUGUACCUUUGCUGGGGUCACCUGCUCGACGUCAUGAGCGUGCGACACCAUAUGAUGAAUCCUAGACGCCUGGAUUACUAUGCUGCGGCAAUCAAGAGGAAGACAAAGAUGCCAGGGUUCUGGGGAGCCAUCGACGGCACCGUGCGACCCAUUGCCAUGCCCGACAAAGGCGAGAAGUUCACGUACAACGGACACAAGCGUCUACAUGCUCUCAAAUGGCAGUUCAUAUCAACGCCCGAUGGUCUCAUCUUCCUCAAUGGACCGUACGAUGGUAACAGGCACAAUGCGCGCAUGGUAAUAGAGUCAUUGCUUGUUCAAUGGGCUGAGGUGAAUGCUAAGGGGGAGGAUGGCGAGCAACGGUAUCUCUACGGCGAUCAAGCAUACGGGACCUCUGCUGCCAUCAUCUCACCAUUCCGUGGAAACCUCAUUGACUCAAGACAAGAAGCAUUCAAUCGCAUCAUGAGUAAGUAUCAAACAACAGUGGAAUGGUCUAUUGGCAUGGUCAGCAUGCAGUGGCGCCGUCUUAGGGACAAGCAAUGGCAGAGGACGGGUCUUAUUCAGGUUGGGAAGGACUUCGCCGUCAGCACGAUUCUAUGGAAUGCAAGGACCUGCCUCGUCGGUAACCAGAUCAGCAUUUCAAUGGGCUGCAAUCCGCCUACAAUAGAGGAAUACUUUGCCGGCCUGCGAGUGCAACAGAGAUUUGUAUUGCCUGAUCCAACCAUCCUGGACAGCGGUAUCAACUCAGAGACACACACCAACAGCUCAGACGAGGCAGAGAUCGAAGAGGGCCUUUAG